UCAGGCUCGGGCCUGAGCAUACUGCUAUUCCUGUCGUCAUCGCUUUCCAUAGUCUCCGUUCUCUGUACCACCCCAGCUUUACUCUCAUACCGUUCUACCCUCGCCUGUCUCUCAUCUCCUUUCUCUGAACAAUGUCAGCCACUGCUUCCUCGAACGGCAACGGCAAUGGCGCUGCCAAAUACCUUGGUGUGACUCCACCUAUCGCACUCAAUGGCCCAACACAGAGGGAGAAGGAGGUGACAGAAACUCUACUGGGAGAGCUGAGGGAUCAGAAGACUUUUGAGUCGGAGAGUGAGGCUAAGGUUCGAGAGGUGGUUCUCGGACGGAUAGACGCCAUGGUGAAAGACUUUGUCUAUCGAGCCUCCAUCGCUCACGGAAUGUCAGACAGCAUCGCCCGUGCUGCCGGCGGCAAGAUCUUCACCUUUGGUUCCUACCGGCUCGGUGUACAUGGGCCUGGUUCCGAUAUCGAUACUCUCUGUGUAGUGCCGAAGCAUGUCCAACGAGAGGACUUCUUCAGCAUCUUUGAGGAUAUGCUACGCAAGCGAGAGGAGAUCUCUGAAGUGGCGCCGGUGCCAGAGGCCUUUGUGCCGGUGAUGAAGGUCAAGUUUAUGGGCAUCUCCAUUGAUUUCCUCUUUGCCAGACUAGCUCUGCCUCGGGUGGACGACUCACUGGAACUGUCGGACAGCAACAUCCUGAAGAACCUCGACGAGAGGGAUGUGCGAAGUCUAGGAGGUUCGAGAGUGACGGAUGAGAUCCUGAGGCUGGUUCCGGACGUUGACGUCUUCAGGCUGGCGCUGAGGUGUAUCAAGCUGUGGGCACAACGUAGAGCAAUCUACUCAAACGUCAUGGGUUUUCUGGGAGGUGUGGCAUGGGCGAUGCUCGUUGCCAGGAUAUGUCAGCUCUACCCGAAUGAAGCUGCCGGAGCCAUCGUCAGCCGCUUCUUCAUCAUCAUGUAUCAGUGGAAUUGGCCUCAGCCGGUGUUGCUGAAACCAAUUGAGGAAGGCCCGCUAGCCGUGCGAGUCUGGAACCCGAAGCUAUACCCUCAAGAUCGUCUCCAUCGCAUGCCCAUCAUCACACCAGCAUAUCCUUCGAUGUGUUCUACACAUAAUGUCACACAGUCUACCCAGAUGAUUAUGACUCAGGAAUUCAAGGUCGCAGCUGAGGUUGUGGAUAGAAUUAUCGUAGGUUCUUCGACCUGGAAGGACCUCUUCAGGAAGCAUGACUUCUUUUACAAGUACAAGUUCUAUCUCCAGGUCAUUGCGUCGUCUGGCUCUGCAGAUUUGCAACUGAAGUGGUCAGGGACAGUCGAAAGUAAGGUGCGCCAGCUGAUCAUGAAGCUGGAGCUCGUGCCUACGAUGAUGUGCGCGCAUCCUUAUAUCAAAGGCUUCGAUCAAGUCAGUGAAUGCCACAACGACGACGAAGUGAGGCUAGUAGCUACUGGUGACAUCCCUGAAGAGGUGGCCAACCGGACGAAGCUAGAGGAGCUACCGAAGGAAGAGGAGGCGGCCAAAGAGCAGGACGCUGCAGCGAAGCAGGCGACCGAAGGCCAAGAAGGCCACCGCACCAUCUGGACGACGACAUUCUACAUUGGUCUCUCUAUUGAGCCUCGGCAAGCAGAUGCAGUGGGCCCGCGCAAACUCGACAUCUCCUACCCGACGACCGAGUUUACGCGCAUGGUGAAGCAGUGGGAGCAGUACGAUGAGUCGUCGAUGGGCAUUGUGGUGCGGCACAUCAAGUGCUCGCAGCUGUCCCAGUACGUCUUUGCGGGCGAUGAGAGACCAGUAGCCAAGAAACUCAAGCGUUCCAAGAGUGAAAAGGCCAGCGCCAAGCAGGCGGCAGCUGCAUCAGCGGCUGAGGCAAAUGGGGCAGAGGGAGUACCUGCAAAGAAGCAGAAGUCCUCGACGGAUGGCAAUGGUGUUUCGGUUGCUCCUCCAGGACAGACACAGAACGGACUCAAGAAUGCACAUGCCGAUGGACCGUUGCUACCAUUGCAAGAGAAGACGGCAGCUAGCGAGGUGGAGAACUUCAGGCUGGCAACGGGAGGUAGUGUACCGGUUGCGUCGAGCACAAAGGAGAGUGACUUUAGACCACCGGCGGCGAGUGCGGCGCAGUAGCAAUGGUGGUGAGAUCGAUGCUGGUGGGGUUGGCAGGUGGAUGGACUGCGAGCAGGAGCGCAAUCCAAGAACAUGCAAGGUACAAAGGAAGAUCUGAUUUCGUGAGGCAGGCUGGUAGGCAAAUGUCCCAGUGGUUGCACGUUUCCCCAUGUCUUUUCAGCGCUUCUCCCACACUCCCCACUAGCAAUGGAAGAUCAAAUUUGUCACCGGCUCUCCUGCCCUUGAGCUUUGCUUCGCA